UAGAAUUCAAAAACCAUUUGUAUAAUCCUCUCUAGUCUAUAGGCCAAUUUGGAAUACAAUUAUAAUACCAUUAUCUUCCCCUCCUCUAACAAUUUCAGUAUUGUUUAUUGACUGCCAAUGGAAAAUAGAUACAUUUACCUACGUACCUGUACACAUCAUAGUGCACAAAUAUAUAGAGGAAAAAAAAGUGAAUCAAAACAGUUUUUGCGCCAAAAUGAGAAUUUGUGAAGUUAUAGUUUUUGUUUGUUUGUUCGCAAAGUUUUUCUGUUUGGAAAACCAAUCAACAGAGUCCAAUGAUACCAUUGAUAUUUGUUAUGGAUGUCUCACACAGCAGAAACCUUCUUGCAACUUCAAACGGUGUAAUUGUAGUGAUUCUCCAAAAAUACGAUUAAACGUACCAAAGGAAGACUAUUAUGAACAGCACAUUAAAGCUCAGGAAGUCUAUAAAAAUAAUGACGAUAUUCAAUUUAUAGAACCACAUCCAAGAUACAUAGCUGCAGAAGAGAAACAAAACAACACAAAAAGCGAAGAUUUAUACGAGAACAAUGAAGAUAAUCAAUAUAGGAGAACCGAAUUAAAAGAUUCUAAUGAAACUUACAUAGAAAGUGAAAUUGGAAAUCGUGGUUCAAUCACUUCUAUCCCAGUUACGUUGGAUAGUCCUAAAAUACAUUGUGUUGAAUCAGAAUUCAUGGUUUUGACUUGGAACGUAUCACAAACGACUUCUCGAAAUACUUACUAUUAUGUUCGUUAUCAUGUAUAUCCUGGACAUGAUAAUACUUACGAAACAGGUCUGACGCAAUGCAAUUUCGUGAUAUUGACACAUUUAGCUGCAGACACUUUAUACAGAAUAGAACUUCGCAGUUUUACUAUAAUUCCAGGAGAAGAAAGGCCGAAACAAGGACGUAGUCAUAAUGUACUAUUCCACACUAGAAGAUUGGAGUCUAGGCCACAUCCAGUCACCAAAUUUUACAUUGACAAAUGGAUUUUGCAAGAAAACAGAAAGUAUACAGCGACUGUAAGGUGGACCAAAGGAAUAGAUAAUGCCUGUUUUUACAAUUUGGUGUAUUUUCCAAGUGACGGAGAUUAUCAAGAAUUUGAUAUAGACCCUUUGGUAAACAACGUUUAUAAUAUUUCUGAUUUGGAUCUUGGAGCCGACUAUCCAAUAGCCAUAACACCAUAUACACUAUCGUCUUACGAGGGUCCCAAAACAUGGCUAAAUGUUACCACCCCGACUUGUUUGGAAAGCUAUAACCUAAGUCAAGUCUGCAUUCCUGACCAACCACAAGAUCUCGUAGUUAAAGAAUAUCUAGUAGGAGGCAAAUUAAAACACCGCUACAAUGUAGUCAUGUAUUGGACCAAGCCUAAGUAUAGUCCGGAAUAUUAUACAGCACAUCUGUUAUUAAUCGAUGUUAACAUGACCAAAUAUUUCUUUAACAUCAGUGGGGAAAGCACUAAUCACACAUUUUCAAAUAUCCCUUUAAUAUCAGAUUAUGAAGCACUUCUGGUAGCUCAUUCCAGAAGAGGACCGAGUAAACCAGCAAUUAUCCACAGACAAAUCACGGCCAAUUACACAUUAGUAGACGAUGAGAGUUUAGUAUCAGUGGAAUUUAUUUUAUUAAUAACAAUUCCCAUAAUAAUCGUUGCACUUUUCGUAAUGUUUUUAUUGAACCGUUUUUUGUCAAAACGAAUGCGAAAUCAAGAACGAAAUAAAUUUUUGAAGAAUUUGGAAGAAAAAACGUCACGCCCUAGCACUACAAGUACUAUCAGUACAAUUACUUUUAGUGAUAACAUAAAAGUGGACGAAUGGGAAAUAGAUACCAACAAAUUAGCAAUUAAAGAAGUUUUAGGAGGAGGAGCUUUUGGUGUGGUACGAAAAGGUUGGUACACAGAUGCUAAAGGACAAGAAAUUGAAGUUGCAAUUAAAAUGCUUAGAGAUAAUCCAACAGAUGAAGAAAUAAGACAAUUUCAACAAGAAAUAGAGAUCAUGAAAUCAGUACCAUUACAUCCGCAUCUUGUAUCACUGAUUGGUUGUGUAACUAAGCAAAAUCUUUUGUUAGUGGUAGAAUACUGUUCUAAAGGUGAUCUUCAAACUUUUUUACGCGCUGCUUCUGACAAAAUAUUAAAAGCAACCCUCCUGAACCAAGAUACAGAUUAUGAAAAGUCCAAAUAUGUGUUUAAUAAAAUGUACGAAAUCAACGAAGUUGAUUUUCAGGACAUUCCACUACCCAAAGAUCUCAUUUCUAUUGCUCGACAAGUUGCACUUGGCAUGGAAUACUUAUCAUCUCUGAAAUUGAUUCAUCGUGACUUAGCAGCCAGAAAUGUUUUAGUAUCCGAUAACAACAUCAUCAAAAUAUCCGAUUUUGGACUCAGUCGUGACGUAUACUAUAACAACAUCUAUUACAAACCUUCUCCUGGCAAACUUCCCAUACGCUGGAUGGCGCUAGAAUCGAUGACGCAUCAAAUAUACACGACACAAAGUGACGUUUGGUCCUUUGGAGUAUUGCUAUGGGAAAUUGUUACACUAGGAAGUACCCCAUACCCCGGAGUAUCCACGCAAGAAAUUUUAGGAAUGCUGAAAAUUGGAUAUCGGAUGAAGAAGCCGGAUAACUGCAGUGCAGAGUUGUACGACAUAAUGUGCAAUUGUUGGAAACCUGCACCAAUGGAACGUCCGUCUUUCACAGCACUCAGAAGAGCUCUUGAUGAUAUGCUUGCUACAUUUUCGAAUUACCUAAAUUUAGACAGGAAUAUUAUAGCCAAAGAUAAAGAACUUUGUAUAGAAAGAUAAAAAUAUACAAUGCGUUUUUAAUAGUCGCGUACUUUUAACACAGCUUAUUCAAUACCAGAUACUCAUCUUUUGAAGUUCGAAAGUCAAAUGGCAAAGUUGACAUUCGCUUUUCGCGCGAAAAACAGUAGGAAUUAGAAUUAGGCAUUCCAACGACCUGUCAAACCAUAACUGCCAGUAGUAGUAGUAGUAGUAGUAGUAGUAGUAGUAGUAGUAGUCUUGCAUCUUGGACGCUUUUUUUAUUCGAAAUAAUACUCGCCAAGCCUGCUAAUUUAUGAAAAAAUGUAUAAGCGAUUUUUUAAAUAAUAUUUUUAUUGUGUUUGACAUAAAAUAUUUAAAUGUAAUCCAUUAUUCAUAAUUUUACGUAUUGUAGACAGAAUACAUCGUAUGUCGCAACCCUUAAAUAUACAAUAUCUUCCCACUGGCAGUUCAUUUGUUUGAAAUGCCUGAUUUAGAAUCUGUCACAAAUAUUGACACCUCAGGGCCGCAUUCACUGCAAUAUGAAUUUAUCGUGUGUUUAUUGGGAAAUAAUAUGAUUAAAAAUAUACACAAAGGUAUGAUAUAUUUAAUAAAAAAUAAAAUAAACAUAACAAAUAUUGAAUUAUCCAUCGUUUCAUAUUAUUAAUUUUAAUUUCUUUUCUUAUCUGGUCCUUUAAAAUUUCUAUUUGCAUAUUUUAGUGUAUACUAAAUUCUUAUUCUUGUACACAAAUUCAACAAAUAAUAAAAUGGAAAUUGAGAACCAGAGUGCGACAAAUUAAUUUCUUUAAAAAUAUGUAAGUGUUCGGCGUAAAUCGAUUGUGUGCAGACAAGGCAAGACAAGUCGCGAUGAACCAAAUGCAAUCAGUGCGAAGCAUAUAAAGACUGUCAAACUGCUCUAAAUCUGUAUGCAUAUAAGCCUUAUAAAGGCAAAAUACAGCAGUGUCAUUAAUGUCAUUGGUAUUUGUAUUUGCGUAAUUUCUGCAACAAUCUCACAUAUUUAAGUAUCCAUAUAAAUAUUUGACAAUCAUUUUUAUAGGUAUAUCAUCGCUGCGGUAGUACGUAUUAAUAGCA